AUGGGUCUCGGGGUCUUGGAAGAUACUCACCUGGAGCACGUGCCCGGCACUGCAUUGCUCACUGAUGUCAUUUCGCCGGAUCACCAUGGAGUUCUCGACACUUCAGUCCUCAAGCAUGACAAGGGCAAAGAUUCGGAUGUUCUACUUGUGCCACAACCAUCCAACAGUCCAAAUGAUCCUCUUAACUGGCCACUGUGGAAGAAAGACUUGAUGCUUUUCUUGAUCUGUAUUGACACUGCGGUUGUUGGAGCAUGGGGACCCAUGAUUUCUCCUGGAUACGUCCUUAUGACCGAACAAUUCCACAUGUCAUACAAUGCCCUCAACGGUGGGCUUGGGUGGGGAAUCUUCGUUAUCGGGAUUUCAUGCUUCUUCACCAACUCAAUGGCUGUCAUUUGGGGUCGCAGACCUAUCUUCCUACUCGGAAAUCUUUUGCUUUUCAUCAGCAGCACAUGGGGUUACUUCGCACAUUCGUACUCGUCUCUUCUUGCCUCGCGAUUAAUUGGCUGUAUCGGGAUGUCUCCCUUCGAGGUGCUUGUAACAACGACCAUUGCGGACAUAUACUUCGUUCACCAACGUGGUGUUCGGCUUGCAGCUUGGGGUCUCUGCCUGUCUAUUGGUGUGGGCGGUGGCAUUAUGAUUUCUGGCUACAUUAUCCAAGAUUUGGGCUGGAACUGGACUUACGGCAUCUGUGCUUGUUUCUUCGGUGUCUGGACCUUGGUCUUAUUUCUUUUCUCCCCGGAAACCGCAUAUCGUCGAGAUGCUUUGCUCAAUACGGAUCUUGGUACUGAUGACAGAGCGGCCGAAUUGAUCCAUGGAACGGAGGAGAAACCCAUCACGAAUAGCAAUGUCGAGACUGUGGAGCGUGCUGAUACCCAUGUCACGGUCACUGAAGCCAGACAAACAUGGGUCUCGGAGUUGAAAAUCUUCCAUGGCCGAGUUUGCGAUGACAGUUUCUUCAAGGUGUUGGCAAGGCCACUGAUGAUGCUUAUAUUUCCCCAAGUCCUGUUCUCCUUUAUUGCAUACGGCAUGACGACGUCAUGGCUUAUUGUGGUCGGAAGCGUUCUAGCUCAGAUCUUUUCGGCGCCACCAUACAACUUCACACCUUCUGGUGUUGGGCUUGUCUCAAUCUCCACAAUUGUAGGCUCAAUUAUUGGCGCCUUCACGUCGGGUCCUGCAGCGGACUGGGUGGUAAAAAUGAUGAGUCGCAACAAUGGUGUUUACGAACCCGAGUUCAGACUCGUCCUCAUUGCCGUUACUCUUGUCAUUGGUGGCAUGUCGUUCUUUGGUUUUGGCUGGUCGAUUCAAAACAGAGACCCAUGGAUCGGCCCAGUCAUAUUCUACGGCAUGCAGUACUUUGCAGUUGGAUUUAUUAACAUCGCAGUCUAUGGAUACCUGACGGACUGUCAUCGAGACAAGGCUCCCGAAGCUUUCGCAGCAAUCAACCUGCGCAACAUUUACUCUUUCGGCAUGAACUAUUUCAUCUCGUCAUGGAUUGAUAGCCAAGGUCCGAAAGAAGUCUUCUGUAUUAUUGGGGGAAUCCACGUUUUUAUUUGCUUAACGGCAAUACCAAUGUACAUCUAUGGGAAGAGGUGUCGCAGCUGGACGAGUCGUGUGGAGAUAUUCCAGAAGGUGAUGAGAGCUUGAUUGUAGUGAGAUAGCCACACUGGGUGGAGACACUCUACGAACUGGCCGGUAUGGGUCAGAU